CCGAGGUCCGACCCUGAGCGCUCCAUGCCUGCCGGCGCGAGGAGGCGUGGCCUCCCCCAGGGCCACCGCCUUUGCUGGUUGCUCUGGGCUUUCACCUUAAAGCUCUGCCAGGCAGAGGCUUCCGUGCCGGAGGAGAAACUGUCAGCGAGCACCUCGAAUUUUCCAUGCUGGCUGGUGGAAGAGUUUGUGAUGGCAGAGGAGUGCACUGCCUGUUCUAAUUUCCAGACUAAAACCACCCCUGAGUGUGGCUCCACAGGGUACGUGGAGAAAAUCAUGUGCAGCUCAUCAAAAAGGAAUGAGUUCAAAAGCUGCCGUUCAGCUCUGAUGGAACAGCGUUUGUUCUGGAAAUUCAAAGGGGCUGUCUUGGGUGUGGCCUUGGUCUUCACUUUCCUCGUCAUCAUUUGACAGCGACAACUGGACAGAAAGGCUCUGGAAAAGGUCCGGAAGCAAAUCGUGUCCAUAUAACUCCAUCCAGCCAUCAUUCUGGGUCCU